CAUACAGAAUUAAUGACUGACCACAUGCAGAACCCGAUGUCCUCUCAGAUCUUUCAGGAGACUGCUUCGACGUGGCUCGAGGCGACUGCAGCGCGACGAACGAGCAAGUAUGUAGACCAAGUGACCGUCACGACCUACUCCUCCUCCUCCUCUGGUAGCGGUCUAUCAACACCGCCUUGCAACGAGAGCAGGCGCAGCACACAAACAGAGACCGAUUGGUCAUUGAACAGCGGGUCCCACAGCGCCGAGACCAAGAAGUCAAAGGAGCUCAUCCAAGCCCUGGAAGGAAAAAAUGUAGAGAACCGCGCGCUACUGGCUGAGCUCGUCAGGAUGGAAAAGAAGGUGCAGGAGCAAGAUGAGCAUUACCGUGUGCUUGAAGAGCGCUAUGGUGCGCAAAGGGCUCAACGCGUGAAGGAUAAGGAGACAGUGGAUGACGCCUUCGCGCAGUAUCAGGCUUUGGAGACUUGCUGCGAUGCCCUGGAAGAGAAGCACGACAAUAUGAAAGCUCAGUGCGAUCAGAUGGACCAAGAGCACCAAGCCCAACUUCAGACUAAGGACCGACAGCUGUCGAAGCUCGAAAACAACCACGAGCGUGCUGUCGCAGUGCUUGAAGAUACCCACCAGAAACAGCUUGCGAGCAGAGAGGCCGAGAUCGACGAAGCAAAGGCACUCUUCCAAAAGAAGGAUGAAGAGAUGGAUCAAGCCGGUACGGAGCAGCGCAAGCUCACCAAGGCGGCCAAGAUCAACCGAGACGCCUGGUCGGAGGAGAAAACAUCGAUGAAGCACCGAAUAACGCAGAUGAACCACGACUAUAGAGACUCGCUCCAGGCGCAGAAGGAUGAGAUCGAGCGGUUGACCAACUGCAAGCGCCGCCUUGAGAUCGAGAACGCCUUGAUGUCUAAAGCAAAUCAGCGCCAUCCUCCAGACAUGGAGCAGGUCCAAGAAGCCAUCGCAGAGUCACAGUCGGCGCGAAAGGAGCUUGAGACAGCGCGGACGCGAUAUAUGGUUAUCGCUGAAAAGAAUGAGAACAUUCUCGAGACGAUGCAACAGGAACGCGAUCACUGGCAACUCCAGCUCAAGAAGGAGAAGGAUGCCCAGAUACAGGCGUACGAGUUGCAACAACAAGUCAUCGAACUCGAAGACAGGCUCGGUUUUCGCAAUGAUCUGAUCCGUGAUCUUGGUGAGCAGAUUGAGGUGCUCAAGCGCAGUCAAGUCUUGGAUCAACAACAUCUUGAUGGUCCCACCUCCGGUUUCGAUGCUAGCUACAAGGCGGCCUCUGAUAAUGACGCGUUACGUGAUCAAAUCAAGUCCAUCCUAAAUGAGCAGGCCGAGUUACAGAGAGAACUUGCCAAGUUCGACACAGAGAAUCUGAGCUUGUCGAUGAAAAUCGAAUAUGCGGAGGAGCAACUUCACGCAUCGGAGAAAGAAAACAAAGACCUUAAACAUGCGCAUGCAACAAUGAUCAAGGAGAUCAAGUUCUUACGCAAUGCCAUCAAACGAGAUGGCAACUUGACUGUCGACGACAAAGCUAAUCUCGGCCAACAUCUGUGCGAACUAACUGAGCAAAAUCAGGCACUCACUGAGGAGGUUUCCGGCCUGGCCGACGACCUUAAAGCGGCACGCGAAUACAACAAGGCCGUCCACGAUAAAGCAGACUCUGAGAUACAGAAGGCACAGAAGGCGACGGACUUCUACUACACCGCAUACUACGAUGAGGCGGUGUCAAAAGUAGAGCGUCUACUCGAGGAGGUUCGUAGUCUCAACAUGGAGCUGGGCCGAGACGUCCACGUCCAAGAGCGCGUGGAGCGCAACAAGGUCGUAGCAGACCGGGCUGCUUUACGGUACGCCUGCGACCUAACAAUGAGGGGGGUCGACACUGCCAUGAUUCCUGCCGAGUAUUACGAACCCGGCUUCAGGCCUGGUUGGAUCCCCGCGACAUAUGAUGCUUUGCGAGUACUUCGGCCUUUGGGCUGGAUACCAGUGCAUGAGUUGGAGAAGGUGUACCUGGCUCCAAUGUACAAACCCUUUACUGAAGAGGACGUCGCAUAUCGUCUGGAGGCCCAGGAGCAGACAGAGCGAAAG